AUGAAGGCCACGAGCCUCGUAUUCAUUAGUUUUCUGUCGUGUGUUCUUGGAGCAGUCGUUCAUGACAAGCGCUCUGGCUUUAAGGAUGGCCAACCUAUAAGUGACACCGGCAAAGGAGCACCACUCCUAGGCGGUACAAACAAAGCACUAGACCUGCAAAACCCAGAUAACCUUGGCCAACCCAGUACCGACAACGGCUUCGUCCCUAACCUAAAAUGGAGCUUCUCUGACUCCAAAACAAGGCUCUUCCCGGGUGGGUGGGUACGCGAGCAAGUUAUCCAGGAUCUGCCGCAGAGCCAUGAUAUUUCUGGUGCGCAACAGCAUCUGAAAAAAGGUGCCAUCCGGGAACUUCAUUGGCAUCGUGUCGCGGAAUGGGGCUUCCUAUACUCGGGCUCUCUCUUGCUUUCUGGUGUAGAUGAAAACGGCCAGUUCACAACCGAAAAACUGGAAGAAGGCGACAUCUGGUACUUUCCUAAAGGUGUUGCGCAUAAUGUGCAGGGCCUUGAUGAUGAGAAUGAAUACCUUCUCGUCUUUGAUGAUGGCGACUUUGAGAAAGUUGGGACGACUUUCAUGGUCGAUGACUGGAUAAUCCACACACCGCGCGACAUUCUCGCGAAGAACUUCGGCGUUGACCCCUCGGUCUUCGAUAAUGUGCCUGAGAAAUUCCCUUACAUCCUCAAUGGGACGGUCAGCGAAGAGGCGAACGAGACUCCCAAAGGCACAUUGACUGGUAACAGUUCAUAUGUGUAUCAUACGUACCAACAUCCCUCUGAGCCGGUACCUGGUAGUGGCGGUACUUUUAGGAAGAUUGACUCGAAAAACUUCCCCGUCAGUCAGACUAUUGCUGCCGCAUUGGUGGAGCUUGAACCCAAAGGGCUACGGGAGUUGCAUUGGCAUCCGAACGCGGAGGAGUGGCUGUAUUUCCACCAGGGGAAUGCUCGCGCUACUGUAUUCUUGGGUGAUUCCAAGGCUCGCACUUUCGAUUUUACCGCCGGUGACACAGCCGUUUUCCCUGAUAAUAGCGAUUUAAAAUCAGGUCAUUACAUUGAGAAUACCUCGGAGACUGAGAAAUUGGUGUGGAUCGAGAUUUACAAGAGUGAUCGCGUAGCUGAUAUCUCGCUGGCGCAAUGGCUUGCUCUCACUCCUGCUGAUGUCGUAGCUACUACAUUGAAGGUCGAUAUUGAAGUCGUCAAGCAGAUCAAGAAGGAGAAACAGGUCUUGGUAAAAGGCAAAUAG